CAGACGCGGAAGCGGCUGUGGAGGGGAAGGUGGCGGUUCCCUGAGGAGGUGUCUGUGCUUUAAAGCCGCUGCUCUCCGUCCCCCUCCCCGCAGGGAAGGCUGAGGGCGCUGCGGGCGCUGAAGUCCGUGGUGAGGUCCCCGCCCCAGAGCCCCUCACAGCGGUCCUUCUGACGGUGAGUGUGAGGUGAGCUGAUGAACAGGCUGUGUGGUCACCUUUGAAGGCACAUUCUGUGACUCCUCAACAUACUGUCACCUGAGCAAACAUCCCAGACCCCAUCAGGACCAGGACCACAUGGCUGCUUCUCAGGGACUGUUGACCUUCAGGGAUGUGGCCAUAGAUUUCUCUCAGGAGGAGUGGGAAUGCCUGGACCCGGCUCAACGGAAGUUGUACCUGGAUGUGAUGUUGGAGAACUACAGCAACCUGGUCUCCGUGGGCGCCCUUGUAGAAGAUUAUUUUACCUCGUGCGGGAGAAGUUGUAAGCAGCCUCUUUAG